CAAGCUUAAAACAAGAUUAUGGUGAAUUAUUUAAAGUAGAAAAAAAGUCGCCAUCAUUAGAUCAGCAUAUCGAAAGCGCCUCAAGCGCUUCUUUGCAAGUAGAAGAUGAGCCGCCGGGUACCGAUGCUGGAACAGAUGUUCAAAUGGUAGCAGAUAUUACGGGACACUUUCAAGCAUCCCAAGAAAAUUCAUCAGAUGAAGAAGAAGAUAAGGAAGCAGAUCGAGAGGUUCAAGAAAUGCUCAAAAACAUAAGACUGAUCCCUACGAAACCAUUAUGGGAUCCUGAAAAAGAUAACCCAAAUCGGGAUAAAUUUUUUGAUCCAAACUAUGAUCCAAGCGCCAAUCUACCAACUCUUGACCAAUAUCCUCAACUUCAAUUCCCGAAACAGGGCACUAGUGCGAUGAUCGAAAAAAAUAUCGAAACUCUUAAGCAAUCCCGCAUUCUUCAUGCCAAACUUGUAUCUGCGAGGCAUAACAUUCCGUUGAGUCAUCUUGGUAUUUCAGAAAAGCCUUUAGAAGAGACGCCAAUAAUUAAUCCUACAAUUGACCAAAGGGAUUUACCUCCACUUACUUUGAACAAGGAAACCGGCUUUGCUUGUAUGCAGCGCGUUGUUUCUAGGUUAUGUCAACACGCAGGAUUUGAAGCAACUUCUAGUAGGGCUUUAACUAUUUUAACUGAAGUCGCACAAGAUUAUUUCUUAAAUUUGAGUAAAACUUUACGUGCAUAUAUGGAUGAAUACAGUAAAAAGAUGACUCCUGAGGAAAUGAUUAAUCAUACAUUGUAUGAAAAUGGGGUUUCAUCCGUAAAAAACCUUGAAUCAUACAUCCAUGAUGAUAUUCAACGUUAUGGUACGAAAUUACAAGAUAUUAAACGCCGUUUGGAGGCUGCCUUAUUGCAACCUGAGGAAAUCGAAGAUGAUAUCCCUGAUGAUGAUGCAUUUUUAACGGGUGUGUUCGGCGAAGAAUUACAUGAUGAUUUCUUUGGAUUCAAAGAGCUCGGUUUAGGACCUUUGCAGGUUCCUCCACAAUUAAUUCUUGGGUCGAAAAGAAUAAAGCCUUUACCUAAGAAAGCCUCAGAACAUGAUGAACGACAAUUACCUCGUCAUAUUCCACCACCGCCAUGGUCUCCAAUAACAGACCCAGAAAGUCAGAUCGGUUUGUUAAGAGACUUCUUCCGUGAUAAAAUAAAUGCCUCUAUUAACGACCAAAUAAUUGAGGAUGAAAACCUCCCCGCUAAGCAUCGAAAUCAAAGGCCUC